UCGUCUCCGAUUCAGUUCAGUUCUGAACCUGCUUUGUGUUGUGUCUACAAUUUUUACAAGCUCUCACGCUACAAGUCGUCGAAAUCAAUAUAAAUCGUGCAUUUUUUAAAUGCCGCGCAAACAAUUGUGCAACAAAAACGUUUGAAAACACAGAUAAAUAAGAAUUCUUGGCCAAGCCAAAGCUGUACAAAACAAAAGACUUGAAAAACAGUGCAAUAACAGUUUACAUACCCAGAGACGUUAAACUUUGAAUGGUGCUGUCGCUGCCAGUGUUAGUGAACGACUCGAAAAUUGCUCAACACGUGUCCAACUUCUACUCGAAACUGAGCGAUCAAAGCAAUCUGCAGCUCACACAACUCUUAUUCAUACUCAACAAUUUCAAUCUAGACUUUGUCGAAAUGGCCUUGCCGCAGGGAGCCUUUGCGACCUGCAAAUUGCGUGAACAGUUCCAGGACAAGGACAUGAUUGUCUCGCGUCUAAGAGCAGCAAACAUUUCUGAUAAGAUUGAUAACAAUGCUCAACGUGAAUAUUCGCCGGCGAAGUACAAUGACAAGUUAAUGAAUUCCAUUUGGGGCCUCUACAAUCGCUAUUCGCCACACAACGUCAAGAAGAACGAGUACGCCCCGCCCAAAUUCUAAUUAAAUCAGGCGGCGCAACAGCUAGCUAUGUAUAGAUGAGUUACGGCAACAAUUGAUGCUGAGCCACGCCUAAAGAAUUCAUCUGAAUACCUAUUGAGAUAUAGGACUAUCUUUACUAUCAAAAUUUAAGACUAAAUAGAUUAUGACGGACAGAGAAGCAAUCAUUAAAGACAUUACAGACAUAGAAUAUCUUCACUAUUAGUAAAAGCAAACUUAACUUUAUAUAUAGUGUUUCUCUGAUACAAUUCAAGUUGAAGGAAUCAUUGAAGUCAAGGACUGUAAAGCCAGAGCAAACAGCG